AUGGUCACUGGAGCUUCAAGGUCAACAACUCCAAUUAUAAGGGUGAAUAUCCCUUGUUAUUGGAGGGUGGCACUUGCCUCCCGUCUCAUUAGGCUCUCUAGUGAGCCCACGGCCUCUCCUGCUGGGGAGGAGCAGGAGGGCUGGCUCACUCCUGCUGGGGAGGAGGACGAGGGCUGGCUCACUCCUGCUGGGGAGGAGCAGGAGGGCUGGCUCACUCCUGCUGGCGAGGAGGACGAGGGCUGGCUCACUCCUGCUGGGGAGGAGCAGGAGGGCUGGCUCACUCCUGCUGGGGAGGAGCAGGAGGGCUGGCUCACUCCUGCUGGGGAGGAGCAGGAGGGCUGGCUCACUCCUGGGGAGGAGCAGGAGGGCUGGCUCACUCCUGCUGGGGAGGAGGACGAGGGCUGGCUCACUCCUGCUGGGGAGGAGCAGGAGGGCUGGCUCACUCCUGCUGGCGAGGAGGACGAGGGCUGGCUCACUCCUGCUGGGGAGGAGCAGGAGGGCUGGCUCACUCCUGCUGGGGAGGAGCAGGAGGGCUGGCUCACUCCUGCUGGGGAGGAGCAGGAGGGCUGGCUCACUCCUGGGGAGGAGCAGGAGGGCUGGCUCACUCCUGCUGGGGAGGAGGACGAGGGCUGGCUCACUCCUGCUGGGGAGGAGCAGGAGGGCUGGCUCACUCCUGCUGGGGAGGAGCAGGAGGGCUGGCUCACUCCUGCUGGGGAGGAGCAGGAGGGCUGGCUCACUCCUGCUGGGGAGGAGCAGGAGGGCUGGCUCACUCCUGGGGAGGAGCAGGAGGGCUGGCUCACUCCUGCUGGGGAGGAGGACGAGGGCUGGCUCACUCCUGCUGGGGAGGAGCAGGAGGGCUGGCUCACUCCUGCUGGGGAGGAGCAGGAGGGCUGGCUCACUCCUGAGGGCUGGCUCACUCCUGCUGGGGAGGAGCAGGAGGGCUGGCUCACUCCUGCUGGGGAGGAGGACGAGGGCUGGCUCACUCCUGCUGGGGAGGAGCAGGAGGGCUGGCUCACUCCUGCUGGGGAGGAGCAGGAGGGCUGGCUCACUCCUGCUGGGGAGGAGCAGGAGGGCUGGCUCACUCCUGCUGGGGAGGAGCAGGAGGGCUGGCUCACUCCUGCUGGGGAGGAGCAGGAGGGCUGGCUCACUCCUGGGGAGGAGCAGGAGGGCUGGCUCACUCCUGCUGGGGAGGAGGACGAGGGCUGGCUCACUCCUGCUGGGGAGGAGCAGGAGGGCUGGCUCACUCCUGCUGGGGAGGAGGACGAGGGCUGGCUCACUCCUGCUGGGGAGGAGCAGGAGGGCAGGCUCACUCCUGCUGGGGAGGAGCAGGAGGGCUGGCUCACUCCUGCUGGGGAGGAGCAGGAGGGCUGGCUCACUCCUGCUGGGGAGGAGGACGAGGGCUGGCUCACUCCUGCUGGGGAGGAGGACGAGGGCUGGCUCACUCCUGCUGGGGAGGAAGACGAGGGCUGGCUCACUCCUGCUGGGGAGGACGAGGGCUGGCUCACUCCUGGGGAGGAGCAGGAGGACUGGCUCACUCCUGGGGAGGAGCAGGAGGACUGGCUUACUCCUGCUGGGGAGGAGCAGGAGGGCUGGCUCACUCCUGCUGGGAAGGAGGACGAGGGCUGGCUCACUCCUGCUGGGAAGGGGUUGAUCCCGAAGGACGUUCUUCCGGGAGGGGUGAGAGGGACAGAGGGUCGUCUGGGAAGGCUGAGGAGUGGCUGUAACUCCGACCUGAAGACAGUGUAA